AUGUGUUCAAACUGCAAAUUCUGGCAGCAUGGUAUUUGCUUUCUGAUCAAAUCAGCGGAAAAAGCCCCUGCUGAUCAUAUAUGUGAUGUUUGUGCCAAGGUAGUAUCUUUACAGAAAGCUAUAUUACCAUAUAUCUUUAGCCAUGCAUCAUUAUAGGCUAUAACUAAUAUAUCACUGUCAGAUUUACCAAGAUAAAUCAUAAUUUUAUUCCUUUGGUGGAAUGUAUAUAGUACUAUAUUAAUGUGCAAAAUGAUAAUAUUUAAAAGAAUUUAUUUUUUAAUUUAAUAUAAUUUAAUUUAGCAUCUGAAUGUUUUCAAUUAAUGUAAGAAAUACAAGUUUAUAUUUUUAAUUAUAUCUCAUAGCCAGGUCACCCUUCAUUAGAACCAACUGAUCCUCAUCUUUAUGGAAUGUCACAAGUAGCGGUGCAAGUAAGAUUAAAAAAGAAAAUGUUGCCGUAUAUCAGUGUUUUCCAAACUUUGUUUUGCGACACAAUAGUGUAUCGCCUGUGUUGCACAAAAAAUAAACCAUAUCAAAAUUCACAAUUUUUUUUUUUAAACUUUAAAAACACUGGAAAUAACUAAAGAAAAGUUAUUGACAAAGUGAUGCAAAAAGUAAAUUAUAUCAAAAGCAGAUUUUUUAAAUCAGAUUAUUAUGUUAAUAAUUGUGAAGAAAUUGGAUUAAAAUCUAAGAAGCUGAUACUACACACAGAAAAAUGUAUUAAAAAAACCAGCAUGUAAGAGGGAAAAAAAAUAAUGGGGCUAUAUCAAUCAAAUUUGCGCUAUCGGAUUUGGAGACAAAAAAUGUAAUUUGGAAAUAUUAAGGGAAAGUAUACAAAAAUUGCUGAAAGCAAGCUAUUAUAAGAUUUGUGAACCAUAUGAUAUUGCUCCAUAGAAAGUUUAUCAUUACCUCCAAAAUACUAAAAUGCAUAACUGUGAAUCCAUUUCUUUUGAGGGUUUAAUUCUUAACUUAUUGAAGAAGAAGACUUAGAUUGAACAAAAUUAGAGGACUCUGUUAAAGUCAUGCAUGAAGAGUCUGAUAUUUAGCUUUUGGAUUUGCGUUUCAAAAUUGCAUCCAAAAUAUAAAAGAAAGGUUUUCAUGAGAUAUGUUGUGUCAUCAUACACUGGGUUAUUACACUUUAUCUCUGUGCCAGUAUGUCUCAAAACGGGUGUUUUAACCCCCCUUAUACUUGUACAAUUGACUUACUGUGUCAUUACAUGAUGCAUUUCUGAAAUGUGUGCCGCCAACAUGAACAUUUGGGAAAGCACUGCUGUAUGUGCUUGUUCUAAAAACAACUAUAAAAAAAUGUAAAUUUAAGGGAUAUAAUUAGGGUGGUCAGCUAAUAAACGGGUCAUAGCAGAUUUUUAAACGUUCUUCUGGUACAUUGAUUCAAUUAUAGAAUCACUGACAUAUUAUUUUAUGGUCUGGGCUUAUUAAUGGGUUAUAGAUAUUUCAGGCUUUUUGCAGCCAAACUAGGGGAAUCAGCUUAUGAAUGUAAACUAACAAGCUUUAAUAUGAGUAUAUUUGGUAAUACUUAGAGGAUAUAACUAAUUUGCAACAAAAUAAAUUGUUUACAAAAAAAAAUUAAUAUAAAUGAAAUAUAAAAUUUUGAUUGCUGUAAAAUAUUUUUUGACCUCCUCAACCUAUUAAAUUAUCAAUACAUUUUCAGGCAACUUGUUUAUGGCGCAGAUCUCUAUCUGCAUGCAGUGAGUUCAAGCGGAUUGUGGCACCACAGCUAGGCAGAAGGUUGGGUGUUGAAAGCACUGUGGCACAAGGACUCAUCAACAGACUGGAAAAGGAAGGGUUUCUUAAAGGCCCAAGCAAAGGAAAAAAGUGAGAGUUAAUUAAUGUUUCAUGGAUUCAUUUUGUAAAGGGAUUAACUGUAAGUCAAUUUUGACACAGGCUAAACAUGUCGAUCAGAAGAUUUGAAAUUUAUAAUAUUUAUAGACUAGAUUAUUUUUGGAGUUGGUAAUACUUCUUAAACUUUUUUUUUUUUUUUUUUAAACUUUCAUUUCAAACAUAAGAAGAUAAAUUUACUAAACAAAAAUUCAAAAAGUAAAUAGAAAAAUAUAUUGUUAUGUUACAGCCAAAAUAAUUAUACAUGAACACUACUUGCAUAAAUUUAUAACGAUAAACCUAAAAUUUUACCAGAUAUGCAAAAUUCUCCCUUUUUUUUUUAAGGUUAGGGAAAACCGUAGAUUUAGAGAAAUUAAAAAAUGAAGGCAUUCCUCGCUAUUUGAAAACUCCAGAAUCUUUAUCAAAGAAUGCUGACAACUCAUUAACUGCAAAUAAAAAUGAAUCGGUAAGUUGUAAAAUACAUGCUUUUUUUUAAAAAAAAAAAAAAAAAAAAGAAAUGGUUAAUUGUAAAAUACAUUUUUUUUUUUAAAAAAAAAAAAAAAAAAAAGUAGGUUAAAAAUUAUUAACUCAAAAGGCAAAUAUGUUUGAAGAUUCUCUAACUUACAUAAAGCAUAAACUUUUUAAAAUAAAAUAAUAUUCUAAGAUUCUUUCAAUCAUGGUUCAACAAUCAGAAUAGGCAACUUCUUUUAUGAAGAGUUGUUUUCAUAAUUUUUAGAAGGCAUUAAAAAUUAAGAUCAUUAUUUAUAAAUAAAUAUAGAUAUCCUAUGAAUUAAAUUGCAUGUCAUUUUAUUAAAUUAGAGAACUAAAAAUAAUUUUAGCUCAUUGAUUAAGAAAUUGAGCAUGGAGUAUAUUUGUAUGUUGUUUUUUUUUCAGUAUAACCAGCCUUCCAACUCUAAGAGUGCUGCAAGUGCACAAAAUGAUUUGGAAGAUAAAGUAAGUUUUAGUACAUUUACUAGAAAUAUUUUUUUUUCUAUCUAAAAUAUCCUAAUGUACUGAUAAAAUUUUAAUAAUUAAUUUAUCUAGACAGAUGUAUGUAUUUUAGUUCAUAAGUGCUCAAAUUUGUACUUCAAAACUGAUCAAUAAUAUAGAACCAAUAAUGAGGGGAAAAAUACUCUAGCGAAGGACUUUUUUAAAAUUUUUUAUUUUUUUUAAACUCUUAACACACAUGUAUUGUUUUAAAUAUUUUUAAUAGGAUCUAAUAGGAACACUAACUGACAAGACUAACAAAAUAAAUAUCCAAUCAACAAGGAGGAGAACUAGAAGUUCACCUGCUUCAUCAGUAUGUGAUGAACCUGAGUAUUUUCUUUUGUUUUUGUUCAAUUUUUAUAAUACAUUCAUUUUUAAUUUUAAUUAAUUAUCUUAAAAUAAGACAAAUUCCUAAGUAAAAUUAGUGAAGACAGUUUUUUUUUUUUUACAUCAAUUUUUAUUUCUAUAUCUGAAUAUCAAAAGCCUCUAUGUUACAUAAUUAUAAAGUGCAAUUAAACUUGAUAAAAGUUUUUUAAUUAACACCUAAAAAAUAAGCAUUUAGUUUAUUACUUCCUUGUGUUUAUGGUUUAAUGCAAGUGAUGUUAGUGUAAUAUAAGUGAGUAUCCACUGUCCUAAUAAAAUCAAUUCUUUUUAGUGAUAAUAAGUAUACUAAUGGUUAUAAUGAAGGGUAAAUUACACAUUUUCUUGUUGUUCAAUAGCUGUUACUAGCAAAUCACUAAUUCUUUCCCUGCUACCACCACUUUCAUAUUUAAUUUUGCUCUUUCUUUGCUUAUGUCACUUUAAUUAAGCAAUCAAAACACUAUUCAAUAGCGCUCAAGCUUACACAGGUGACAACAGUGUUAAAGUUAUUUAGUCUGAUAAAGUGAAGAAAUUAUAAGUUAAGCGAGUACAAAUGUUAAAUUUAAUAAACAAAAAAAAAAUUAAUUUUCUGAUUUCAGGUUGAGUUCUUAGGAUUACCCGCAGCUGUAGAUUCUAGAGGAAAGCGAGGUAAAAAACGAG